AUGCAAUUUCAGCGGUUAAUUGACAUUUUAGUCGUGGUGGGCCCGAGUGGGUGCGGGAAGUCGACGUUGAUUCGCCGUCUUCGGCGGGACUUCCCUCGCGAGGCGGGGUUUAGCGUCAGCCAUACCACGCGCUCCCCACGGGCGGGCGAAAAAGACGGCGUCGACUACCACUUCGUGAGCAAAUCCCACUUCAAAGGGCUGAUCAACAAUCACGCGAUGGUUGAGUACACCUGGCUUGGCGAGAAAACAGAAAAGACCGGGGGGGAUUUUUACGGAACGAGCGUUCGAGCUCUCGAGCAGGGCUUCGCGCGGAACCAAGUCGUUUUGAUGGAUACCGACCUCGCCGGGGUGGUGGGGAUUCGUCGGUAUUGCGCGGCCACGACGAUUCUUCGGGAUUCCCCGCCCCUCACCCGACCUUUUCCUUCCAAACCCAACGACUCAUCUUAUUUGAACGCCCCCUUGACGGGGAAGGCGAGCGGUAUUGAAGAAGAGGGUGGGAAAAGCGAGGGGGUGAGGGCGACCUCGCGCGCGGCGAAGUGCAAAGUGAUAUUUAUCGAUCCACCCGACAUGGCGACGUUGAGGGCGCGGUUGGGUGGACGGCAAAGCGAGUCCGCGGAAUCCCUCGCGCUUCGACUCAAACUUGGCUCUGAGUGGAUUCAAUGGGCGGAUCGGAACCCGGAGUGGAUCGAUUAUCGAUUGACCAAUGACAACUUGGAGCGAUGUUAUGCGGCGAUGAAGCGAAUUUUUGUGGAAGACUGCUUAAGGUCCCUCUGUGGGACGGGUUUAAACAAAUGA